CAAUCCCCAUCCUCAUUCAGUCAUUCCCAUACCAUCUUACCUUUACCCAAAUCAUAAGUCAUAAUAUUAUUUUUAAUCUCAUCAAAUCUUUUUUAUUACAGUUGUAGAACAAAUCAAAUCAUAAAUAAUGGUGAAAAUUGGAAAAUUACCAAAUCCAAAUUGAUUCUAAAAUCCCCACCAGGCCACCCUUUUGGUAUUUUCUCCUUCUACUCAUUUAACGCCAAAACUUUGCAAGACUUUUGUUUUGUUUUCCUCUCUUUCAGUUUCAGUCCUCAUCUUCCACAAUACCCAUAUUUGUCAAAGUUUUCAGAUUUUUGUCUCUUCUUUUUUUCAUUACAAUCAUAUAUGAGAUGGGUUUUCAAGGGCUCUGUUAAUGGAAUCAAAAAUUGACUUUCUAGAAGAAUCAUGUUAGAGAUUUGAAAAUUUUUCAUGUGCUUGCUUGAAUCUGGUGGAAAGUAAGAUAUUUGGAAAAUUCAGGGAAAUGGGAUCUUCUGGUUUUACUGUUAUUUGCCUUUUACAUUCAGUAAUUGCUCUUUUUUGUGGAGCUAUGAUGAUGUUUUAUACAAAAGAGAUCUCAACAUUUGGUCAUGGUAAAGAAACAAGUAGCAAGCUCCAAGGAUCUACUCCACAUGAUGAGUUAUUGAUCCAAACAUCGGAUUCAUUUUCGGGUUUGCUUCUUUUUAUGAUUGGUUUUCUUCUGUUCAUGGUUGCAUUUGUUAAGGACACAAAAUUUCAAAGCUUUUUUGCCAAGGGAUGUGUGAUUCUUCACCUUUUAAUGGCUGUUUGGAGGGUUUACUUUGAGAGGAAACUUGAGGAUCUUGCUCAUGAUUUACCUAGACUAGUUAUUGGGGAUGUUGCAUUGUCAUUAUCCUGGGUUUUUUUCCUCGUCUACUCGUGGCGAGAGAAGUAUGAUUGAGCUUCAUGUGGAUGAGCUUUUACAAUGGGAAUUGUUGAGCACAACAUCUGCUUGCGUGUUUGUUCAUUGGUGUAUUCUUGAAUGAUGUAAAGAGUUUGAUUUGGAGAUAAAUUUGAUCCUGAAUACAGUUGUCUAUGUUUUUUCUGAGUGAGAUUAGACUUCCCCACACCCUCUUCUAUGAAAAAGGAAAAAAAAGUGUUUAUAUUGGUAUGUUCUUCAUUUUCUGUUAACCUAUAUGCACAGCUUAGAAUGUAAAUUUCAGUAAUAAUAAGACUAUCAUUGCAAGUAUUUUUUGAGAUUAUGAAGAGUAAUGUUCACCAUAUGGAUUAUUAAUAUAAUUGUUUUUAUUAUUUUAUUACAGAAUGGGUUGAGAAACAUGACCUUACCCGGGAAAGUGAUCCUUGCUCUCCAACUAAUA